AUGAGCUCUCACAGAAUUACAAUUUUUCUCAUCUGUGUAUUGCUACUAGCCUUCCAAUACCCAUCAGGAAGAGCGAUCCGAUUCAGCAACCAUUGGCGAGUAGGCGUCGAGAACGGAUUGAGCCAUAAAAAGACAUUGCUUGUGCACUGCAAGUCUGGAGAUGAUGAUCUUGGAGCACAUUACCUUUCUGUAGGAUCUGAAUUUUCAUGGGAAUUCAAGAUGAAUUACUUUGCAAAUACUCUCUUUUGGUGCUAUUUUGCUCCAGACAGAUACCACCAUGCCAGUACCAAUGUGUUUUGGUAUAGUGAUCAUCUCUUUCAAAGAUGCUUUGAAAAUAAUUGUUCUUGGGUUGCAAGAGAUGAUGGAGUUUAUUUAAGAAAUAUUCCUUUGAGAAGUGAGGAGUUCAUGAAAGGUUGGGAUCGUGGGUUGAAAUAA